AACAAAUUGUGAAGAUUCAACAGUAACUAUACCAUUUCAUUGUCGGCGUCUGGCACCACUAGUGUCAUUGGAUCCAUUAUUAUUAAAUUGUAAAACUAUUGAACGUGGAGGAAAAAUUGAAUUUCCAAUUAAGAUUAAAAAUGAUGGUCACAUGAAUGCUCAAUUAGAAUUAGAUACGAAAGAAAAUCCAAUGUUUAUUUAUUCUUUCAAUGGAAAAACAAUAUUAAAUCUUUCUACACAAUACUUAACUAAAGCAACAAUGAUUAUUGAAAUAAAGAAAAAUGCUCCAUUAGAGGGAUUUAAAGUAGAUGUACAAUUGAGACUACAAUCAUCACAAAUAUUAAUGCCAAUUAUUAAUGGUAAAAUAUCAGAAUCAAAUAUUUCUGAAUUAUUGAAUCAAACACUUUCCUUUAUACCAAAUAACAGUGUUAAACAAGUUGUAUAUCCCAUUGCAAAAGCGCUCAAAGAAUUAAAUAGUGAUAAUCACAUGAAUGUUAUACAUGAACUUUUAGAAAUGUUACCUGAAAUAGAAUUAUCACACCAUAUGAAAUUAGUUUUAUCCGAUUAUUCAAGAGAAUAUAAAUCUGGUGAGGAAAUUAUUAAUUUAGCUCAACAAUUAAUACCUAUAGAUUUAUUUGCACCACACGAAUUUGGUCUAGGAACAAUAAUGAAUCGUGGAAAAUUAGAGCCACAUCAAGCAUUAAAAGAAAUAGCAGCUAUGCUGCCAGAAAAUAUACAGCUUGGCUUCCAAGCAGGUCUUCAACAACUGCUUGAAUCGAAAGAUUCACAACAACAAAUAAUUGAUAAUAUAACAGAUAUUUAUGGAAAGAAAACAGGAACUAUAUUAGAAACAUCAUUCAAUGCACUUGAUUCAUUAAAGAAUAAUAAUAAAUUACAAUCACUCAAACACCUUUCUAAGUUAAUAGUAGACAAAGAACAACAACAUCGAAUACAAACGGUUAUACAAACAAUUGACAAAAUGAAUGAAUUAACAUCAUAUCAAAUGAAAGAUGUUGCACUGACGGCAUUAAAAUUAGCUUCUCAAUUAGCCUCACCAAGAAUUUCAAAUAUGCUACAAACUGUUACAGAUAUUCAUCAAAAACUUAUUGAACAUGAUGAAGUUGCGGCUAUUAAAGAUGUUCUAAAAUUAAUUCCAGAUGCGCCAAAAGAAAUUGAAAAAAUUGCAACAACACUAGGUCAGUUAAUCAAACAACAAUCGGGAACAGAUCCAAUCAAGCAUGCAUUCAAUGUAGCAAAAAUAAUGGCGGAUGAUCGAACAUUACAAAUAUUAGAUGUAGUUGAAAAUGUAUUAGAAAAAUUAGAAAAAGCCGAUCUACGAAGCACAGCACAUUUAAUAGUACAAGAAUUCUUUUCAGAACAUGUUAAAAAAAUUGAUCUUGCUCUGUCAAUAGCAAAAUCUGCUAGCAAAGCGUUAUCAGAAACAAAUGAUCCACUUCAUGCGUUAGAUACCCUAAUGAAUAAUACAAAGGAACUACAAAUAAUUGUUAGAACGAAAGAUUUAGCAACAGAACAUUUACUUCAACAUGGUUUGAAUUUAAGCAUGUCACUUUUGCCAUCAGAACAAGCUGCUAAAGUCAAAAGUGCUGCCGAUCUCAUUGAAUCGAUUAGAGCCGGUGAUCGAAAACAAAUUGUAGAAAAUGUUAUGAUUAUGGCAACACAAUUCCUUCCCCCACAGGCAGUCAACGUCGCGCAUGCAUUAUCCCCAUUGAUAAAUAAAAAGCUCAACAAUCAGUCAGUUAGUUUCGAUGAUUUUGCUGGUGAUUUAAUUGGAGGAGACACCAAAAAAAUAAUAGAUACAGCUAAACCAUUUGUUAAGUCAUUGAUGUCAGACAAAUCAUUGACAGUGGAACAGUAUUUCGAUAUAGCUGUCAAUCUUGCAAAUCAGCUUGGUGUCGAUCAAAGAUUUACCGAUGUUGUUAAAACAUCCUAUUCAACGUAUAAAAACAUCCAGAAAUUAGCUGAAGCAAUACCUAAAUUCAUCAAUGCACCAACAUUAGCCGCUAAAGCAGCUCAGUUUCAAUCAAUCGCUUCCACUGUACUUUCAAGUGUAAUGGAAUUGAUACCAAACUUACCGGAAGCAGUAAAACAGACGAUUUACGUUAUUUUGGCUGUUGUACAAUUGUUAAAAGUGACAGAUCCUAUUGGCCUCAUCAUAGCUGCCGUUGGAUUAUUUCUUGCUACAUUAGGAUUGUUCAGGGGUUUAUUUGGUGGAAAAGGAAGCGAUAAUAGUGGAGGUAAAGGUAGCAGUGGAAAGACUUCUUCAGGUGGUAAGGCUGGCAAAGGAGGAGCAGGAAGAUUGAGUGGAGGGAGCGGUAGUUCGGCUGAUACUUCUCAAAAUGCAAGUCAAAGUGGUAGUACGAGUGGUGAACCGAGUUUCUCACAAAGUGGUAGCGGCGGUUCGUCGAGUUCCGGACAAAGUUCAAGUCAGAGUCAAACCCGAGAUGACAAUUCCAUUCAAUCUGGUGGUGGAAGUAGUUCAAUUAUGGGUCAAGGAACUUCUUCAACUAGAGAAUCAUCAGGUCAAGGACAAGGAACUUAUGCCGUUUCUAAUCGAAAUGGUCGAGCUGUAUCAUCUACUGGAACGGAUAAUAAUAAUACGACGAUACAAAGAAAGAACACUGAAAACAGAGGAGUCCAACAAACACAAACCGAGGGAGAGUCUGUUUCAAGUCAAGCAUCUGGUCAAAGUAGAAAUGCACAGAGUACUACAGGAGAAAAUCAAAAUCGUAGCAAUAUAUCCGACAGCCCAGAAAAUAAAAGUGCAAAAAAUAAUUAUAAUCAAUUGGAAAGCUCAGUUCCUUCAUCAAUUUCGAACGUGAGUCGAGGAGCAAUACUAAAUGAUUCACAUCGAAGCUUAAAUGAUCCUUCCGAAAGACAGGGAUCCAUGGAGUCCUCAAAUGCGGCUUUUAGUCAACUUCAACCUGCACAUGAUACAUCUUUCUCAGCAGACACUGCGAGCAGAAACAACAUUCAACAAAUGAAAGUUUCAAAUGCAAAAAAAGAAGGUAAAAAUUACAAUUUUUUUAUCAGUUUAAUUUCAAUGUUCGGUAUAUUUCAAGCCAGACUUCGCAGCCGAGGAGCAGCUUUUCCUUCAACUUCUUUUAAUGUAUUAACAUUUGGUAAACAGGUACAAUUAAUUAAAAGUUAUAAACAAAAUUAUGAUCGUUUAUUCAUAUAUCAUUUACUAAAUUCAUUUAAAAUUGAUGGUGAAACAACAUUAUUAAAACAACAUUCAAUCACUGUUAUUGGCAUUGGUAUUGGAUUAGAAUGUAAUGGCGUUUGUUUGGCAUUCAAUGAUUGGAUUAUUGCACAAAAUCCUCUAUUAUUAUGUGAUGCUCUAAUUAAUUGGUCAAAUGAACAGUGUGAUAGAGAAACACCGAAUGAUGCUUUAUUCUAUGAUGACAAAAUAGCUUCAUUACGUGGUGAUGAUGAUCAAUUGUAUUCAUCAACUGAUGAAGUAUGGACAAAAGAAAUGAAAACACAUUUUGAUUCAAUAACACAAAAUACGAAACGAGCAAUUGAAAUGUCAUUUUCAAAUAGUGUUCAUAAUACACCAUUAACAGUUGAUAUUUGCUUUGUUAUGGAUUGUACUGGAUCAAUGGGUAGUUGGAUUCUAGCAGCAAAACAACAUAUUAAAGCAAUUGCCGAUGGCGUACAAAAAGACAUGAAAGAAAAAUAUGAUAAAGAUAGUAUUCUUCGAAUGGCAUUUGUUGCAUAUCGUGAUUAUACUGACAGUAAUCGUUAUGAUUCAAUUGAUUUUCAUCAAAUACCAAAUAUUGGUCCAGUUGAAACAAAAAUUGCAAGUCAACAAGCCACAGGUGGUGGCGAUCUGUGUGAAGAUGUUCAGGGUGGUUUAGACAAAGCUUUGAAAUUAAAUUGGACAAAAGGUGAUCGUGUAGCUAAAAUUCUAGUGUGGGUUGGAGAUUGUCCAGGACAUACCCCAUUUUGUCAUAAUGGAGGUCCAGGUUGGGAUAGUUAUCUUGGUGGUUUGCCUGAUGUACGCUUGAUGACUGAUAUUAUCCGUGAUAUAAAAGAUCAAAAUAUAUUUUUGUUAUUAUCCGACUUCACACAAUAUGUUGAAAUAAUGUUACAUAAUAUUGAAACAAUUUAUAAGAAUGAUAAAAAAGAAAGUCAAGUCAAACGAAUUAAAUUAAAUCAAACAGAUACAUCAUCAUUAUUAAAUGAAGUUAAACAACAAGUUAAUACAAUUAUUGCAAGUGAAUUUAUGUAA